ACAGACAGACAGACAGACAGACAGACAGACAGACAGACAGACAGACAGACAGACAGCCAGCCAGCCACAGAUACCCUGUGGUGGAGAUACAGUAGUGGAGGCACCGUGAUUCUCUUGAGUAAUUAGUCUCUAUCAACAGUAGCUGACUGACAGAGGGUACCUGAUAUGUCUCUUCUUCUGCAGUACCUGAUAUGUUUCUUGAUAACUUCAGCAGCGUUGUGCAUUUCUCUCUAGAGUGAGGGGACAAACUGUCCUCACAAAGAACUAAAUAGAAGUUGAAUGACAGACCAAGGAAUGGAGAACCAUGACAAGGGUGGAGGUGAAGGAGGAGGAGAAGGAGACAAGAAACAUCUCCCAGAGGAGGUGAGCGAGAGCGACAAGGAGACCAAGGACCAGCGCAACAAGGCGGAGAAGGGAGAGAAGGAGACAGAGAACAACGGCAGUGAAAAGGAGAGGGUUGAGGGGAAAAGGGAAAGCUGUCGUCGCUCAGGCUCCCUGUGGAGGGGGGGCUGGGCCCUGACGGAGCGGCUAGCCAUCAACGUGUCGGGGAUGCGCUACGAGACACAGCUCCGCACUCUGGCCCAGUUCCCUGACUCCCUCCUGGGGGACCCUAACCGCAGAAUUCGCUACUUUGACCCUCUGCGCAAUGAGCUGUUCCUGGACCGGAACCGGAACUGCUUCGACGCCAUCCUCUACUUCUACCAGUCUGGCGGGCGGCUGCGGCGGCCUGCCAACGUGCCCCUGGAUGUGUUCUUGGAUGAGCUGCGCUUCUAUGAGCUUGGUGAGGAGAUCAUGGAACGCUUCAAGGAGGAUGAGGGCUUCCCCAAGGAGGAGGUGCCUGCCCUGCCUGAGAACGAGAUGCAGAGGAAGGUUUGGAUGCUUUUUGAGCACCCAGAAUCCUCAUCGGGCGCACGCAUCAUCGCCAUCAUAAGCGUCAUGGUCAUUGUGGUGUCCAUCGCCAUCUUCUGCCUGGAGACGCUGCCUGACUUCAGGAACGAGAAGGAGCUCCGAGAGAAAUUCACCUACCAGCCCCAUCCUACCCUCCCCAACAUCACCAUCCUGGUCCCUCCAACUGGCAGUGCUUUCCAUGACCCCUUCUUCCAGGUGGAGACCAUAUGUAUCUUCUGGUUCUCCUUUGAGCUCAUUAUGCGCUUAGCCAGCUCCCCCAGUAAGCUCCACUUCUUCAAAGACGUGAUGAACACUAUCGACUUCCUCGCCAUCAUUCCCUUCUUCGUCACUCUGGGCACAGAGCUGGCCAGGGACAAAACCUCCAACAAGGACCCGGGCAUGUCUUUGGCCAUCAUCAGGGUCAUUAGGUUGGUAAGGGUGUUCAGGAUCUUCAAGCUGUCGCGUCACUCCAAGGGCCUGCAGAUCCUGGGCCAGACUCUGAAGGCCAGCCUGAGAGAGCUGGCCCUGCUCAUCUUCUUCCUCUUCAUCGGAGUCAUCCUCUUCUCCAGCGCUGUCUACUUCGCCGAGGCGGACAGCCCCGACACGGUGUUCACCAGCAUCCCCGAGGCCUUCUGGUGGGCCGUGGUCUCCAUGACGACAGUGGGCUACGGGGACAUGUACCCUACGACUCUGGGGGGCAAGCUGGUGGGCUCCAUGUGUGCCAUCGCUGGCGUGCUCACCAUCUCCCUGCCAGUCCCCGUCAUUGUGUCCAACUUCAGCUACUUCUAUCACCGAGAGACGGAGUGUCUCGAGAAAAUCAGUGAGUACACCCACAUCAGCACCUCUCUCUGGGAGGGUGAGGAUGAGGAGGGAGACGAGGGGGAGGGAGAUUACACUCCCCUGUAUGUGGGCGACUGCAAGGGAAUCUGUAACCCCCUCAAUGGGACACUGCUGUCAGGGCUGUGUGCGGGGCAGGACGGGUGGGAGAACAAAGGCAACGUGUACCUCAGGGAACCCCUGGUCACUCAGGUAUGAGACAGGAUGGAUGGAUAGACAGAGGAUCUGCUGAAUACAACCCUGGUACUCUGUCUCUAAGUUAAAUAGAUAAAUAGAGAGAAAGAUAAAGGAGGAUGGCAAAGUAAAGGUGAAGAGAUACAAAAAAAUACUAUUUUACUCAAGGACUUACUUGCACGCUUGCACCGUCAGUGGCUUACACCAUUUACUACAGACAGAACUGAUGAGACCAUGGCAGAGAUAUUGUGACAGCUUGCUUUUUGCUAAUGUCACUGAGAAUCGAGUAUGAUGCCAUCAUAUUGACAAUAAAAACAGCUGAAACAGAA